AAUAAUUUUCAAUACCGCGAAGAAAAAUGAAUUCUGUUUUUCGAAAAGCCUACUUCACUCUUCUCUCUCGCUCCUUAAACCCUAACUCUGCCUCUCCAUUCUUUCUCCAGGCACUUCCCUUUGUUGUCACGUCUUAUACGCUCCGGAUUCCGUUCUCUCGUCCCCGAAGUGCGCAAUUUCUUUCGUUAUCAGUCAAUUCCUGCUCAAUGGCCGGCGGUGACGGCCACGCGCCUCUGUCGUCGUUCCUUACUUCGCUGGAUAAGCAAUUUGAGGAGUUCCGCACUCAGCUGGAAGAGUCUGGAAGUUUGCGUGAGCGCAUUCGUGGUGUUGCGAUGGAGAUCGAAUCCUCAACGAGGCUCAUGCAAGCCAGUCUCCUACUCGUUCACCAGUCAGGGCCUGUACCUGAGGUUCUUGAGAAGGCCAAGGCUCAGAUUGAUGUGCUGAAGGACCAGUACUGUCGACUUGCUGAAGUUCUGCAUGAGUGCCCAGGACAGUACUAUAGGUAUCAUGGUGACUGGAGGAGUGAGACGCAGUCUGUAGCAUCGCUGCUUGCUUUUAUGCACUGGCUGGAAACAGGAAAUCUUCUUCUGCAUACCGAAGCCGAGGAGAAACUGGGAUUGAACAACUUGGAUUUUGGAUUGGACAUUGAGGACUAUCUAGUUGGUAUAUGUUUCAUGUCCAAUGAAAUGCCUAGGUAUGUGGUGAACCGAGUGACAGCUGGGGACUAUGACUGCCCAAGAAAGGUGCUAAAGUUCUUAACGGAUCUUCAUGCUUCCUUCCGAAUGCUUAAUCUACGGAAUGAUUUCCUGCGCAAGAAAUUUGAUGGUAUGAAGUAUGACCUCAGAAGAGUGGAGGAAGUUUACUACGAUGUUAAGAUAAGAGGCUUGGCGACUAAUGGGGAAUCAACUGGAGAUCAAGGAGUUCAGGCUUAAUCAUAGAAUGCAGAGUUGGAUGUUACUAAUUAAUAUCAUCAUUAUUACUUCACAAGUUGGUAUGGUUCCUAAUGGCACGGGAGAGUUUUACCUUACUAAACUGUUGGUGGAGGGUAUUAUAGAUCCAGGAUAUUACACUUGUGAGAAGGAAGUGAUUUGGUUACCAUGGUAGCGGACCUUCGGUUUGGUUGCUGUUGUUAUCGUUCAUUUUCUUUUUGGAAGCUGUCAAACUCUCUAAAGCAUGAAGCAUAGAUGACACAUCAUUGCAUUUACGCGUUUAAGGCUAUUUUUUUUGGAACUUUAUAUAUCCCUAACAAUUUUAUUCA